AUGACGGGCCGGUCGUUGCGACAUCAGAAAAGGCAAACACGCCUCAGCUUUCAUCCUCUACCCGACUUGUCCCCUGCCAAAGAAACAUAUAGCGCAGCCGUACAAGGCAGACUGGCGUCUGUGCGCUACCAAGGCUCUAGACAGUCAUCAAGGUCAGCUGCGCGGAAUCUCACCACUGAACCAGAACCACUUCUCACACCAGAGCCAUCGUCCCAACCUAAUGCCAAUGCGCCACGUGCUUCAUCGCCUCUGAGCGACCCGCCGUCAACUCCAGAGAAAUCCGACGAGAUCAGAGAGCAGGAGGAAGAUGAGAUUGUGGUGUCAUCCAGCAAGCGAAGGAAGUUGAACGCGAAUGGGUCAGCCGAGACACCUACACGAAGACCUUCAAGAUUACAUCACCUCGAAACACCACCUACCGAUCUCUCACUACGGUCCAGGACGAAGGCCCAGAACACAAGCAGGAUUGCAUCUUCGCCGCCAUUACUUCGAGCUCCGAGUAUAGGCUCGCCAGAGACAAGUGGCGACGAAGAGAUUUCUAUCUUCACAAAGCUAACCUCACGAAGAAAACCAACACGGCAAGAAGGCGAUGACGACCCUUUCGUCGUAGACGACGACAUAGAAGACGAACCUGAGUUGCGACCGAACAGAACCAGAAGAACAUCAAGACCAGAUCGUGCCCCCAAAGAUGACUUCGUAGCAGAUGACGAUGAAGUAGAGUAUGUCUCAAGUAGCGACGAAGCUGUUCAGCGCAUCGAAAAACAGAAGAGUCGCAAGAACAAACGACGCGAGAGAUCACGGAGAGAGCAGAAUGAGCUAGAGGAAGACCUUGAAGACCUCGUAGGAUCCGGCAAAGAUGACGAUGUGCCAGAUGUGGACGCCGUCAAUACAAACGUCCGGCGCACACGAGGUGGUCCAGUCACGACAGAAAGAGACAGAAGGCGCGAGCAUAUCGAGACACUCAAGCGUAGAAGGGCUGGAGAAAAGAUCCCACGUGUCCAGGACUCGGACGACGAGCAGUUGGAUGAGUUCGACGAGCAGGACGGAGCAGACAUCAAUAGAAUCGGUCUCCACACAUCUUCACCACGGCGUGCCCUUGAAAGGAUAGAGAUAUCGUCCAACUCUGAGGAUGAGCAACCUCAAGAAGCGGAGUCUAUUGAAAUCGAAGAUGACGAUGACUUUGUGGUCGAAGACGAAGAGGAAGUCCAGCACGGCAGGAGCCCUCAAUCUGGCAUACCACUGGCAUUCACUUCCUUUGCCAGCAGCAAGCCCAAAGAGCUCUUCAUACAUGUAGUGGAAUGGCUAGUGAAGAACAAGAUCGCACCAGCAUUCCAACGGGACGACGAGCUGUAUGAACUUUCCUGGAACAAGAUCAACGACCAAAUAAAGGCACAAGCAGGUAGUAGACUCAUCUCAAGUGCUUGGGGUGAGGAAUUCAAGAACACCAUUCUUGCACGUCCACGGAUGCAAGUCAGCUUCACAUCCGGAGGCGAUGAUGAGCUCUUUCUCAAUUGUGAUGCCUGCAACAGGACCAACCAUCCAGCACGUUACGAAUUCAAGUUUUCUGGUCAUGCAUACCACCCAGACACUCUCGAACCAAUCGAUGAGGAUGCAGACGAGAGCGAGUCAGACAAAGAGGAAGACGACGACGAAGAUCAGGACGACAAAGCGUCAUACGAUGCAGCAGGACACCUUCUCCCUCGAGCCGGCCGCACAUUCAAUCUUGGUCGCUUUUGCGCUGCGAACGCAGAGAUGGGUCACAAACUGACUCACUGGAAAUACCACUUGAACCAAGCCCUUCUAUCCUACCUCGACGAACAAGGCGUUCUCUCCGCCGAAUCCAUCCUAGCACGCGAAAAAAUGAGCAAGAAGAAGCGAGAGAAACAGGCCGAAGAAAUAGUCGACACUAUGGACGCUACGGGUGUGAUCAACGAGAUGUGGCGGGACUUGCAGAAUGACCUUGAGGAUGCAAGAUUUGGUAUGGAGGAUCAUGUUGCGAAAGGUGGGAAGAGGAACCACAAGAGAAUUGGAAAGGUGAGAGUUGAUAGAGGAGAUGGCAAGAUUGAGGAAUGGAGUGAGGGCGGAAAGAUGAAGAUGGUUGUGCUCAGUGACUCGGACGGCGAGUAA